UCCCCGCAGGCGGCAGGCUGCUCUCUCGUGCUCUGAUGUCUGCAGUCGGACAGUGACCUGAUGUGUAAUAGGAUUUACUCUCCAUCAGCGUAAUGAUGGACCGCUUUUCAAGGGUUGAAUUAAUCUUCUGGAAUCUCAAUUAUUCGUCAAAAUAUCAAAAAGUGCAUCGAUGUGUGACAGAGGUCGGUCAAUAAGUAUAAUCGUGAUGUGAUAUAUCGAAACCAAAGACCAAGGUGGCGUUUAAAGAGGGCGGCGGCGGUAGCGUCGGCAGAGUGCAGUGGUGGUGGUGUGUGUUGUAUAGUUUGUAGUAGCAAUAGCAAGGCACUAAGGCACGCUUAUUUCUCUCUCUCCACUACUUAGUCGGGCGGUGAAAAUUGAUCAAUUUAGACAAGAAUACAAAAUUGCAAGAUUGAUAUAAAUGUUUUGGGACGCCUCUAUUGCUGCGAUACUUACUCGACGGCCAAUACCGCUCGUACCUCACGCGUGGACGAUAUUAAAUUUAUCCAUGACUGUUUCUCUCCUUGUGUUGCUGUUGUUGUUGUUGUUACCGUUGCUGGAUUCAUUGAACAAGCCCUGUAAUAAAUUCGACCAAGAAUAAGACAAAACGUGCUGCUUCUGCUGCUUGAUUUGAAAUAUUUCAUCCCAAGCAUCCUGCAUCCAACAUUGACAGCAUGACGAGUUGGGCCACUGUCGUCGUCUUUCUUGGCAUCUCCAGCCUAUUGUUUGGAAUGCCAUUAUCCAUUUACGGGGAAAUUGACAACAGUAAAUCAACGACUACCUUGGGCUCUCGAGCUGCUAUAGAUGAUAUAGAAAUAUCAGUUUCCCAAGAUCCGAAAGCAAUCGAGGCUGGUAGUACACCACAUCUCGUUUGCAAGACCCUCGAAUCAGCGUCAUUUAUUUGGUGGAGCUCGGUUGAUAAAAAUUUAACUUCUGUCAAGGAGUCAGAUUUCGUUCAAAGACUCGAUUUGAAACAAGUAACGAGACUUGACACUGGCAACUACACUUGCAAAGCUUUAAUUUCAAGCAAACUUGUUGAAAAAACCGUACAUGUCCGAGUCAUAGAUUCAGCUAAAAUAACCCCUAGCGAGAAUACAAGCAUCAAGGCUUUGGAAGCUGUAAACUUGACUUGCCACAUUUAUGGCGAACCACUUUCAAAUUUCAGUUGGUCCAAGAGCAAUGAAUCGGACAAUUUACAACGUUUGAAGAAUAUGACAAGCUGGUCGCAAGCCAACGAGACCCACGUUAUAUUAAUACUUUCCAUAAAAAGUGCUACCCGUAAAGAUAAUGGUACUUAUACUUGUAAGGCUUCCGAUUAUUAUGGCACAGUUACAGCUGAAAGGCAUUUAUUCGUCGUCGAUGUGCCUCUGAUAAGCAUCGACUUUUUAAAGUCUGUUGGUGCUGGAAGUAUAUUUUUGAAUUGGACAGUCAAUAAUGGCAACGAACCAAUACAAACUUAUUUCAUCCAGUAUAUGAAAAAUGGAACAGAUUCCUGGCAGUAUAACACCGAUCUGAUCAAUGGAGUAAAUUCGAGCUUUGUUUUGAAAGGGUUGGACAAAGGUGCCGCUUAUCAAAUUGGUAUAAGUGCAAAAAAUAAAAUUGGCAGAUCACACGUACAGAUUGAUCCAAGAUGGAUUACCACGCUCGACAAAGAUCCCAUUUUUAUACCAAAAUUAAACAUCAAUGGCAUGACAUCCAGCACAGCAACGAUAUCCUGAAACCAUCCACCACUCAAUCUCCACAAACAGAUUCAUUAUUAUAUUAUAGUUGCUAGCCACGAGGACCAAAUGAGAGAAUCCGUCGUUCCAAUCCAACAAAAUCAUUUGUAUUUAUUUGAAUAUUUAGAACCCGCAACUACUUACAAGUUUAAGAUAUCUGCAUGCAGCGAAUAUACGCGUAAAUGUGGCAACUGGAGUAGGCAAGUCGAGGCGGAGACGUUGGAUGGAGUACCAAGUGCUCCUCAAAAUAUGUCAGUCUCGUGUCGUUUCGACAAUAUCAGCAGAACGAGUCUCAUGUCGAUUCAUUGGGAACCGCCGCAAAAGCGUAAUAGUAUAAUUUUGCAGUACAAAAUUGAAAUAAACGGUAAAGCAAGUUACAAAGACGCGGACGGACGUGUGAAAACACAAGAGUUGAGGCCGUACGUGGAUCACGUUGAUUUUCAGUACAAUACUUUUCGAAAGAAUCAAUUGCCACCAAAUACAAAUUACACGAUUCGUGUUUCUUGUCAAUCAAGACAAAGAUUUUACGGGGAAGAGGCUGUGGCCAAUUGUACGAUGCCUGUCACAUUGCCGGAACGUGAUACAUUAAAUUCCCGAUCUUGGUAUAAAGUUGAAAAUCAAGGAAGACAGCUAUUCAAAGUCUACAUACCACGAAUUUCCGAAAGAAAUGGGCCCAUUUGUUGCUACAGAAUUUUUCUCGUUAAACUGGCGCCUCAUAAAACUCUGGCCGAUUUGCCUCCACCCGAAGAAAUGUCCAUUUUUUCUUAUCAGUACGUCCACGUCUCGCAGCUAGGAGGAGCAUAUCUUGCAGAAAUGUUUGAUAGCGAGCAGUUGCCCUCCGAAGUAUUUUUAGGCGAUGAGGAAACUCAUAAUUCUACAUCAUCUUGUCAACAAUGCAUCGGAUUAAAGCAAAAAUUCAUUCCAACAUUGUUGGAUUUUGUGUCAGAGAGCAGCACAGUGUCAACCGUUGCAAUGACAACUGAAAGUAAUGGCAUUGUGACAACAAAGAAGAAUCAGUCAAAACUGAUGCACGAAAUCGACACGUUUGGCAACGAUUCGACUUUGAUGACAACUUUGCCAUCGUUCAGUCAGACGGAAAGUACUUUAAGGAAAAAAAGGGAAAAUGUAGCUAGAAAAAAUUAUAAAAGUACCAAAAUUUUACCGUUUGAUGGUGCUUUGGAUGAUAAAGCAAAUUAUACAGCUUUUAUCGAAGUAAUAGUGUAUGGAGCAGAGGGAACAGGACAGUUGUUGGCUGCCUACAGUAGCUAUUUGCAGCCAAUAUACGGGGGCGUGGAUCCAAAAUUAGUAACGGUCCAAGGUUUAACGAUGCUGAGCGUCAUUUUGCAAAUAUCACUCGUUCUUAUUGUAAUAAUAAUCGUUGUACUGAUAACUUUGUGCGUGUUGCACCGUUACUCGAAACGGGCGCGUCAGCACGGUGAAGAAAUCAUAACUUUGCGCAACAGCUUUCGACAUCUCUGUCAAAGCCUGAGGGGUCGCCACCAACUUGUCGCAGCUACUCCACCAGACAUGCCACCCGUAUCGAAAAACGAGCUCAUGCAAGCCUACUUGGAGCGUCAUAGAGACUCGGACUAUGGCUUUCAGCACGAGUUUGAAUUAUUACCCGAUAGAUUCAGCGAUCGAACGACAAGAGCCUCGGAGGCUCGGGAAAAUAUUUAUAAAAAUCGUUAUCCCGAUAUCAAAUGUUAUGAUCAGACGCGCGUCAGACUCGCCCAAAUAGAUGGCAUCUCCGGCUCAGACUACAUCAACGCAAACUUUGUGUUGGGCUACAAGGAGAGAAAAAAGUUUAUAUGUGCGCAGGGCCCAAUGGAGAACACAGUCAACGAUUACUGGCGCAUGAUUUGGGAGCAGCAUCUCGAGCUCGUGCUCAUGCUCACCAACUUGGAAGAAUACUCAAAGACCAAGUGCGCCAAGUAUUGGCCAGAUAAAACGGAAACAAAGAAUUUUGCCGACAUUACCGUGGAACAUGUGGCCGAGCAUCAGUAUUCCGAUUACGUAGUGCGAGAAUUGAAAAUGACACGGGAUGGCGAACGAGACAGGCGCAAGAUCGUUCAGUAUCACUUUCUCGUGUGGAAGGACUUUAUGGCACCAGAACACCCGCACGCGAUUCUCAGGUUUAUCAAGCGUGUCAACGAAGCCUAUUCACUGGAAAAGGGUCCCAUUCUCGUGCAUUGCAGCGCUGGCGUAGGCAGAACCGGCACUCUCGUUGCCCUUGACUCUCUCAUGCAGCAGUUGACCGAGGAGGGACAAGUUUCUAUAUUCAAUACCGUUUGCGAUCUCAGGCAUCAAAGAAACUUUUUGGUACAAUCUCUCAAACAGUACAUCUUCAUCUAUCGUGCCCUUAUGGAAAUGAGCCAGUACGGCGAUACGGAAAUUGCCGCGUCUCAGCUCAAGGCCAGUCUCGAAAAACUUCGUCAAAGGGAAAACGGCAAGGAAAAAUGCCGUAUACAAGAGGAGUUUGACAAAAUCAAUGCAGUUUUAGAGGAUCGCAAGUCUUAUUCCGUUGGAGGUGCAGAGGAAAAUCGCAAUAAAAACAAGAGCGAAUCCAUCAUUCCUUAUGAUAGAAAUAGGGUUAUUUUGACACCUAUACCCGGAAAGGAGCAUUCAACGUACAUAAAUGCCUCUUUCGUCGAAGGCUAUGACAAUUCGGAAUCUUUCAUCAUCACUCAAGAUCCCUUGGAAUCUACGAUAUCAGAUUUUUGGCGUAUGAUAUCGGAACAAUGUAUAUCAACGAUAGUUAUGUUAUCCGACCUCGCCGAAGGACCGCGAAAAUGUCCACGUUAUUGGCCAGACGAUCAAGUUUCGUACGAUCACAUUCACGUGCGUUACUUACAAAGUGAAAGUUGUCCGUAUUUUACGCGUCGCGAAUUGUGUGUAUCCAACACAAAGGUCGACGAGAAUGUAAUCGUAACACAAUACCAGUAUCAUGGUUGGCCCACGGUCGAAGGUGAAGUGCCGGAAGUAACGAGAGGUCUCAUUGAACUCAUCGAUCAGACGCAGAUUAAUAACACGGAAUCUAGUGGACCCCUCGUCGUACAUUGCAAUCACGGCUCUGACCGAAGUUCCAUGUUUGUCGCACUAAGUAUCCUCAUCCAACAGUUGCGAAUCGAAAAAAGAAUCGACAUUUUUACAACUGUUAAGAAAUUGCGCUCCCAACGCCACGGAAUGAUUAGCACUUUUGCUCAGUACGAAUUUUUGUAUCGAGGAAUCGUCAAUUAUUCAGAUUUGCAUAAUCUUGGCGGAGAGAACGAACCCGAGUCUACGAACGAAUAAUUAAAGUCAUUUUUAACGAUUUGAACCAAACGUUUAUCGUAAUGGUGUACGUACAAUAAUGCUUAAGUAGGCUCGCCUUUCAAAAGCGUCGAGGUGUUUAUUAACGAUUUUUGAUAAACAUAUAUUCAAAGAAAUCCAUCAUCAUCAUUAUCAUCAUCAUCAUCAUCAUCAUCAUCAUCAUCAUCAUCAUCAUCAUCAUCAUCAUCGACGAGUAUAAUUGAAAAGCAAUUUCAACCUGGCCAGCAACGUACGUUUUUGAGCCAAAAUAUUUACAAUUACAUUGUACGAAAGUGCUCAAAUAUUUCAGAAAUGUCUGAUUUCAUUGUUUUAUACACAUUAUUUUCAUACACGACGCUCGGAAAUAUAAUUAAAUGUAACGACUAUAUCAUACAAAAAUAUGUAAUCUAAAACUAUUUAGAGUCACUUAAUUAUUCGUCGUAUGUAUAGAGUACCAUUAAAAUUAACAAGCAAUCAUUAUUGCCAAAUCUUUGAAAUGGUAACAAGUUAGUUAAACUUUUUUAUACUCGUUUUUAUAAAAUUGUAAGAUAUACUUGCGUUAAGGUAUAAAAAGUCAUUUGAGACUGAAAAUUUCUCAUAAUGGUAGAGCUGACAUUUUUUUUAACGAUAUUGUACAAAUAAUAACUCGCGCAUUAUUCAUAAAAUAUUAUUUUUCUAGUCAAAUUCCACUCGGAAAUAAAUGUGAUUUUUCUACCGGAAGAUCUAAAAAUUUGAUCAAAUUGCAGCCAAAAAUGCACAACCAACUGUAAAUUGAUAAUAUUUCGGGUCGACACAACGACCAGUGCGUGCGUGCGUGCGUACAUACGAGCAACUUGUACUUUUUUCAUGCGCAUACCUUAUACUGUAGUGGUAUUUUACGCAAUUCAUAUGCAUAGCUGGCAUGGAGCUUGCAUAUGUAAAAAUACGCCUUGUUUUCAUAUACUUGCAAACACGCUGAUCAUACGUAUGUUGUCGUCACAAAGUUUUUAAAAUUAUUUUGUGCCAUCAUCAAGCUGUAUGUCUCAUGAUAAUCGUAAUUAUCGAAUGAGAUACGAAACAGGAUAAUUAUAUAUUGUAAAUAAACAUUUAUACAUGCCUACAUGUGC